CUAUUUUCCAUUUUCUCAACGAACAGAAACCUAUGACGCAAUCGUACGGAUUCUGUUAUUUUUUGCUGCCUCCGGCACCCAACACCCCCAAACAGGGCAAACAUAACAGUCACGUGCAAGACUCAGCGUCAUCAGCGACAACGCGACUUCCGCGGACCAGUCGAGAAACAACUGAGCAAGAAUUCCUAGGUCUAGUACCGCAAGAUGCUCGGACUGCAUGAUUGCUGUGGAACCGGGCCUCCUCCAGACAGAAAUUCGCCAUGGCGAGUCGAACUCCAUCCACCCGUUCUAGAAGGAAUCUAGCUGCAACGCACCCACAGCGGAGGCGGCACAAUGACCCAGCCGAAGAAAUACCAGCAGUAUACCAGGAGAUGCUGGCUGAGGUCCAAUCCCGGGAGCCACCCGGGUCCGAGAAUGAACGCCCGCUAAAGAAGAGGAGAGCUGCCACCCGGAAACCCACACAUGACCCCCAGCCUAUUAGCGAAGAAGUCGCCUCUGCAGCAGAGGAAAGUAGUUCUGAGGCACGCCAUGUCCAGACGGUGUAUGAUUCGCUAACAUCGUCGUCCGAAGAAUCGGACAUGGAAUGGGAGGAGGUGGAUAUCCAACAACCGUCAUAUAAUGAUCAAACAGACAAUUCAACGAUCCAGGUCACCUUGGAUGGACAUCUGGAUCCAAAGCGCAAUGUAGUCCCACGACGAAGGGCAAUCACAGCCGCAGAGAGGCGAAUGCGAUUAGAUAUCCACAAGGUUCAUCUGCUUUGUCUUUUGCGCCAUGUACAGAUACGUAACCUUUGGUGCAAUGAUGAGGAAUUACAGGGCUUUCUGAAAAAGAUGCUGCCAAAACAAAUAAUCUCACUUAUACAUCCACCUGAAAACAAGCCGCAAUACACCAGAUCAACAUCAUUUAUCGACGGGCUAAACCAAGCUAGUGAUAUAUUCAACAGGAGGUUUAGAAUAACAAAGCCAGGCUUGAAGCGGCCUUUUUGGGCAGAUAAUCCACAAUCCUUGAAACAACGAGCGGAAUCCAUCAUAACGGAUGCAGAAGUCUUCCUGUCACGCCAAGAUUUCUGCGAACAGGCAAAAAUAAUGCAAGGGUCGCGAGACUUUGGUGCUCAAUUAUUUUGUGCACUGCUUCGAUCUGUGGCUAUAGAAGCAAGGCUUGUCUGCUCUUUGCAACCACUUCCCUUCUCAGGCACAACAAAAAAUACCAUUCCUUCCACUCCUACUGCACACGACGCUCCGAUUUUGCCGGAUUCACCCAAAGGACCAGUCCCUGGACAAACAAAUACAGCGCCACGCUCAAAUACGCGAAGGCUUGGUCGGCCACAGUUCGGAGCACCACGACGAGCCGAAACACCCACUAGCAGGCCACAUAACAGCAUUCGAGAAUCAUCAUAUCCCGUCUUCUGGGUUGAGGCAUUGAAUGAAGCAACCCAAAAAUGGAUACCCGUUGAUCCUUUGGUAACCAAGUCACUCGCCAAAUCCUUUAAGUUCGAACCCCCAAGUAGUGAUUCUUAUAACCUUAUGAGUUAUGUGGUGGCAUUCGAGGACGACGCUUCUGCUAGGGAUGUUACUCGGCGUUAUACAAAGGCAUUCAAUGCGAAGACCCGAAAAUUUCGAAUCGAGAGCAUCAAGAACGGCCCAAAUUGGUGGAAUAAAGCGCUCUACUUUUACGAGAAACCAUUCCUGGAGGAUCGGGAUCAGCUGGAGAUUAGUGAACUUACUUCAAAGACUGCCUCGGAGCCCAUGCCUCGGAAUAUCCAGGACUUUAAAAACCACCCCAUCUAUGCGAUCGAGCGGCAUCUUCGCCGGAACGAGGUUGUCUUUCCGAAGCGGGUGAUUGGUCAGGUCGGCACUGGUAAAACAGGAUCAAAGAACCAGGCCCUGGAAGCCGUAUAUCGCCGGUCUGAUGUCCAUGCUCUUCGCAGUGCAGAUAAAUGGUAUCGCCUGGGACGGGACCUUAAAACUGGCGAGCAACCGCUAAAGCGCGUUCCUUCAAGAAAGCCCCAAGCUGGAGGAUUUGACGAUUAUGAGCAGGGGGAGGAUGUUGCAGAAACACCCUUGUACGCUUUCUUCCAGACCAGAAUUUAUGAACCGCCGCCUGUCGUUGGCGGGAAAGUACCCAAAAACGUUUACGGCAACUUGGACGUCUACGUACCUAGCAUGGUACCGCCGGGUGGCGUUCAUAUCACCCACCCCGAUGCUGCACAUGCUGCUAGAAUCCUUGCUAUUGACUAUUCAGCAGCCGUUACUGGGUUCAGCUUCAAGGGCCGCCAUGGUACAGCUGUAUUCCAGGGGGUCGUCAUUGCUACUGAGUACCGGGAGGCACUUGAAGAAGUCUUAGACUGCCUUGAAAGCGAAAAGUUGCAAGCCAAGCUAGAGAAGAAGUCGGCCGAAGCUUUGCAAGCAUGGAAGCAUUUCCUGCUCAGACUGCGCAUUGCAGAACGAGUGAAAGGGUACAUGGUGGAAGGGGAGCAUGUCAGUGACGAAGCGAGCCCUGAUAUAAGCACGAAAGACUAUGAGGACUCAUCGGAAGCUGGUGGCGGAUUUAUCCCUGAGCCGGGCCAAGGGACAAUAAGCCCGCCUGCGACCCUGGAUAUAAAGAAUUCACGCCAAGGAUACAUGGACAUAGAGACCUCGGCAUCUGUAGCUGAGGAUGAAUUCGGAGGAGGAGGAUUUAUUCCGGAAGAAAGUGAACAUCAAACGCCCUUACCCCAUCCUACAGAGUGGCCCAAACCAGAACAUAGAAUUCGUCCAGCAGAGCCCCAACAAUACACGCUUGUUGUCGUGCCUACGACCGAGAAAUCAAGUCAGACGAGCUCAACCCAAGGCAUUGAGCCAGGAUACGCGAACCAGGAUCCUGGCCCUAUAUCACCACAAGUUGAGAAUCGCGCGGAAGAUGCUUCUAUCAAUGAGGAUGAUGCUCCCACAAUAUUGGAAUCUCACCCGCCCCCGACUGCUCCAAACCCGCAUACUUCGUCCCCUGAGUCCAAUAGCCAGAAAUCUUACCAUAGCGACGAAGCUUCUUUGUUGUCGCAGGACCCGGAAGAUGAAGAUGCGAUCCCUGACUGGUUAAUGUGAGAUUAGGUCACUGGCCAUUGGUUAUCAGUUCUUUUGUGGAUAUGAGGAGUAUCCGGGAUUUUCUAAAACGGAUGCAUUUGGUAGCUAGCUAGCUCUAGCAGUGUCCGGUUGUAGGCAACGGGGUCAUUCAUCUUGGUUUUCUCAACUUGGAAAUGAUUUCGGUGUACGUAUGAUAUUUGCUGUAUUGCAAAGUGUCCAGUGUCCAGUGUCCAGUGUACAUAGGGCUGUGAACGGUCGUUCGGGACCCAUUUGGGGAUAUGGGGGGAGCGACUGUUAUGAAAGAACUUAUGUAUUUUGCAUUCCAUAAACAGUAUCUUGUCCUGUGUCUGUUCUGUACGUACGCUAAUUCUUUGC